GAGCUGGAGGCAGCCACAGCUCUGCCCACCUGCUUCCGGAGGAAGGGACAGCCGCUGUCGCACGGGGCUCUGACACGGGGGGGCUUUUAUUCUGGAGAAGGGUGGCAGUUGUCGUGCGCGAGGUCACAAGACCGGUUUGGGGAGGAGGGGGGCGGUGUCGGCUGGGAGAUACUGAGGGAGCAGGAUCUGCGUCUCGGCACACUCGCAGCUCUGGGCAGAAGGAAUGCUCUCACGAUGACGGCUGGGGAAGACAAGAAUUUUGACGAUGAAGACUCUGUGGAUGGGAACAGACCCUCCUCCUCCAGUUCCUCCUCUUCUAAAGCUCCCUCUAGUGGCCGAAAGGGGAUCAGCAUGGGCUCAGGGCGGAGGCCAGGCCCCCCCACUGGCGUAAAGGCAGCAGGAAAAGAAGGCGCCAGCGCAGGGGCCGUGGACGAGGAGGACUUCAUCCGCGCCUUCGACGAUGUUCCGACCGUACAGAUCUAUUCCAACAGAGAACUUGAAGAGUCAAUGAACAAAAUCAGAGAGGUUUUAUCGGAUGACAAGCACGACUGGGAGCAGAGAGUUGUUGCUCUGAAGAAGGUGAGGUCUCUCCUACUGGCAGGGGCAGCGGACUACGAUGGCUACCAUCAGCAUCUGCGUCUCCUGGAUAACGCGUUCAAACUAUCAGUGAAAGACCUCCGCUCGCAAGUCGUGAGGGAGGCGUGCAUUACACUAGGGCAUCUGUCUUCGGUUUUGGGAAACAGAUUUGACCAUGGUGCAGAGACAAUCAUGCCAACUCUUCUGAAUCUAGUUCCAAAUAGUGCCAAAAUCAUGGCCACAUCUGGAGUUGCUGCAAUCCGACUAAUCAUGCGUCACACACACUAUCCCCGACUGAUUCCCAUAAUGACCAGCAACUGCACCUCCAAAUCGGUGGCUGUCAGAAGGCGCUGCUACGAGUUUCUGGAUUUGCUAUUACAGGAGUGGCACACGCAUUCACUAGAGAGGUAAGACUGCAG